AGCUCUUGCUAUAUAACAGUGUGGUACACAGGAGUUGCUUAAGAUUAACUGAUACCUUCAUCUCCUCUUUUCACACUUCGAUCAAGUCCUAAACAUUUAAUUUCCUCUAAUUCUUACAAUAUCCAGCAAUGACAAUAUCCAAGGAAUUGAAGGUUCCCACCAUAGAUUUUUGCAACCCAGAGCUAAAACCAGGUACUCCACAAUGGGAGUCCACAAAAACCCAAGUAAUCCAAGCUUUGCAAGAAUAUGGGAUCUUUGAAGCAGUUUAUGAUAAGGUUCCAAGAGAAGCCAUUUUUAAUACUUCAAAAGAAAUCUUUGAAUUUCCAUUGGAGACUAAACUUAAAACCAAAUCAACCAUACCUAUGCAUGGCUACCUAGGACAAUAUCCACAGUUGCCAGCUUAUGAAAGUUUGGGUAUUGCUGACGUCCUCAAAUCUGAAAGUGUUGAUUCUAUUGCCAAUAUCUUCUGGCCUGAUGGAAAUCCUGACUUUAGCAAUGUGCUCAAGACCUUCUCAGAGCCACUUGUGGAAUUGGAUGAAACGAUAAAAAAGAUGAUUUUGGAGAGUUUGGGUCUAAAAAGUUACAUUGAUGAAUUCUUGGAAUCCUAUUUCUACAAUUUCCGAUUUACGCAUUACAAUCCAGCUCUAGUAAAUGGUGAAGAAGGGGAUAAACCUGGAUUGAGUAUCCACACAGAUAGUGGCUUCUUGACCUUCAUAUUUCAAAAUAGUGUAAAUGGAUUGGAAGUUCAGACCAAAAAUGGAGAGUGGAUUGAUGUCAACAUUGCACCUAAUUCCUUGGUUGUUAUUGUAGGAGAUUCCUUCAUGGCGUGGACAAAUGGUCGAUUGCACUCUCCCGUCCACAGGGUAACACUGUCCGAAAAUAGCGAGAGGUUCUCCAUUCCAUUAUUUACCGUACCAAAAGAAGGCUACAUCAUAGAGCCACGAAAAGAACUUGUGGAUGAAGAACACCCUUUACUUUUCAAGCCCUAUAACAUUCUUGAAUUGUAUAAGUUUGUUAUGUCAAAAGAGGGUGCGUCAAAAGCUGGCAGUGAAGCUUUCAAGGCCUUUUGUGGUGUUUGAAUUGUUGCAGUUCUUAAGUUUUAGCUUUCUAUGUUUACUAUUAUUAAAGUUUUAGCUUUCUAUGUUUACUAUUUUUUUGUCAUAAUAAAAGUAUUGUCUAGGACUUUCCUGUCUAAUAAGUAUUUUAUGGUUUUAAUGAUGGUCUAUUUUGCUAAUUAGAUUUGUUGUCUAGUGGAGAUCUCUUCCCGGUAAACAAAUAAAAGGG